GGGAAGUCGAAAUCUUUUGGUGAAAAAUAUCGAUUGUUAGAUAUUUCUUAUUUUAGAGAUAUAUUCUCUAAAAUACACCAUCUUAGGCUCUUUAACUACGAUGAAUAAGCAUUGGAAGUCCAUUCCGAUAGAGAUAACGGCAAUGGCCAUUUUCACGGUUAUUCCAAAAAGUUAAACGGCACAGGCAUCGAUAAAUGGUUAAUUCCAAAAGGAACAUUGUAUUCUGACUCCAAAGAAGGACUCAGGACACGUAAACGACCAGAGGGUCGGGGAGUAACCAUUAAAAUCCAAAAUUCGGCAACGUAAACAAUGAUUUCCGAGGAAAAGUCUCCUUUAGGCUCGUUGUUAAGCCGAGGGAACCUCCAGAGGAAGUCAUCACACCUGAAUAAAACAAUAGGGGACGACAACGUCGGAAUGCGAACUGCAGCGAGUGAAAUCUCAACUUCACGAGCUGAAACGAUAAAAGGUGUCACAAAUCCAACAUUAAUAUCAACAAGUGAUGUAGCUGACAACAGGUCUACGUUAUCCCUCGUUGAAGGGCAAUGCCUACCUGAAUCUAAUCAAAAAAUCUUUUCUAAAUGGGUACGAGCUUGCGAUCAUACAGAGAGUAAACAGGGAAACAUAUUGCCUCUUAAAAAGCAACAAAAACAUGAUGAUAGUGGAAGAAUAAGACCCAAACCAAUCGUUAAACAAACUGGUACAACCUACUGUGCAUCAUUCCAAACUGACGACAAAGAGUUCAACAAUGACAUACUUGGCACUAGAAGACUUUAUUAUAAUCUAGCUGACGUGAGGUUAGCGUUAACCCUGGACGAAUUGCAAUGUGGACCUGAAUUUAAUCGAAAAAACUUCUUCUUAUAUAAACAGGUGGCGACUUGUAAAACUACCCAGUGUAGACGGGGGAUAAACAUAACUUUUAAAAAGCAAGGCGGUAAUAAAACUAUGGCGCUUAUAGUAAUCGUUGAAGAACCAGUAAGUCUCUCUAGAAGAUUUACUGGAAUCCUCAGUAAGAGGAUAAACUCAAAUGGUCAAGCAAUCAAGGUCAGGUCGAAAUACAAUCAAAAAAUCUUAUUUAUAAAGGCCUGUUCUGAUUAUUCCCCAAACCUACAGGAAACUGUAGUGUCUACAAGGGUGUAGGAACUAAUCACGCACAUAUAACAAUCCGGUACGUACGGGGUAGGUAAUUUGUUGAGAGUAUGC